GGUAUAUGUUAUUAAAUUGGACCUGUCCAAGGAACUUUCCUCGAACUGUCAAGCCACUACUUGGGAAGAUCAUCCUUCACCCCUCACAUACCUGAUCUAUCUCUAGUCACCAUGUCCCCGUCUACACCCAAAACCAACGACCAGAUGGACAAGAGUUUCCUUUCAGCCUCGAUCCCCGAGCUGUUGAAGCAGAUGACCAGGGAGGAGAAGAUCUCCCUCUUGGCUGGAAAGAACUUUUGGGAGACUGUCCCUGUACCUCGACUGAACAUUCCAAGCAUCAAGGUCACUGACGGUCCCAAUGGAGCCCGUGGAGGGUCUUUCUACAAAAUGACCCCCGCCUCUUGCCUGCCUAAUGCUACCUGUAUCGGAGCCACGUUCUCCACGUCCGCAGUCGAAGAAGCUGGCAAGCUCUUGGCCGACGAAGCCAAAGCUCGAAACGCCGUCUGUCUUCUUGCUCCCACCAUCAACAUACAGCGAUCACCUCUCGGCGGAAGAGCGUUCGAGUCCUUCUCCGAAGACCCGACACUAUCAGGUCACCUCGCCGCGGCUUAUGUCAACGGACUUCAAAGCCAAAAUAUCAGUGCAACCAUCAAGCACUUUGUCGGAAACGACCAAGAGCACGAGCGCAUGGGAUCUGACUCGGUCAUUCCUGAGCGAGCUCUUCGUGAAAUCUAUCUUCGACCAUUCCAAAUCGCUCAAGCUCGAGCUAGACCAUGGGCCUACAUGACUGCUUACAACAAGGUCAACGGAAAGCACGUCUCGGAGAACAAGAUCUUCCUCCAGGAUAUCUUGCGCAAGGAGUGGGGACACGAAGGACUGGUCAUGAGUGAUUGGUUUGGCACAUACUCCGUCUCGGAUAGUAUCAACGCUGGUCUGGACUUGGAAAUGCCCGGACCCACCAUCUGGCGUGCGAACGGCUUGGUCGAACACUCCAUCACUGCUCACAAGGUCGACCCGAGACAGAUUGACAAACUCGCUGGAAACAUCCUGACAUGGGCUCAGAAAUUGGCAAAGGCCAAUUCCGAUAUCGUCUACGCCAAACCCGGUCCUGAAAAGACCAGGACAUCAUCUCAAAAGGCCGAUGCCAAAAUUCUCAGGAGGCUCGGAACGGAAGGUAUCGUUCUGCUCAAGAACGACUCCAAUAUUCUGCCCGUCACUGCCGAGACCAAGAAAGUCGCAGUCAUUGGUCCCAACGCCAAAGCCAAGGUUUUCACCGGUGGUGGAUCUGCAUCCUUGCGAUGUGCCUGGUCUCAGACCCCGUGGGAAGGUUUAGAAGCCAACAAACCCAAGGGAGUCGAACUAUCGUACGCCCUCGGUGCUUCCACCUCAAAAUUCUUGCCAUUGAUCGACGAGCCGUUCACAACGGUGGAUGGCAAACCAGGAUUCAACCUCCGACAUUAUAACAUUGACUCGGCCGGAAAGCAGGAAUCUAAGCCUCUUGUCGACGAAGUUUACGAUAUCUCUGACCUGUUUAUGGGUGAUUUCUCCCAUCCAGGUCUUGGCAAGCAAUACUGCACCGAGAUCGAGGCCCUAUUGACCUCGCCCAUUGAUGGCGAAUGGGAGGUCGGCAUGUGUGUUACUGGUCAAGGCUGGGUGUACGUAAAUGACAAACAAUUGAUGGAAGACACCAAGGAUCAGGUCCGAGGAUCCGCAUUCUUUGGAUGUGGAACCGUUGAGAAGAAGGCUAGUUUCCCUGUCAAGAAGGGCGAGAAAUACCGCGUCCGAUUCCUUCACGACAGCAGAGCGCCGGCGUCGGCAGACGGAACAGCGGUAGCCACGCCUUUCAACAACGUCGGUCUUCGAGUCGGUCAUCGAGCCGUUGCGCACCCCGACCACCUCAUCAAGGAGGCUGCUGCCGUCGCAGUGCAAAGUGAUGUCGCCAUCAUCGUCGCCGGUCUCAAUGCCGACUGGGAAUCCGAGGGGUACGACCGACCUGAUCUCAGUCUCCCUGGUCGAACCAAUGAUCUCAUCGCCGCCGUGGCGGCUGCCAACCCUAAUACGGUCGUCAUACUUCAAGGAGGAAGUGCCUUAUCAAUGCCUUGGGUCAACGACGUCAAGGGGGUCGUUUACGCGUGGUACCUUGGAAAUGAGUGCGGCAAUGCCAUUGCCGACAUCGUCUAUGGGAACGUCAACCCAUCAGGUCGACUCCCACUUUCCUUGCCUAAACGUGAACAAGAUGUCGCAGCCAUGACAAACUUCAAAUCAGCAAGGACAAAGGUCAACUAUGAGGAAGGUAUUUGGGUCGGAUACAAACAUCACAACGCCAGAGGUAUUGAACCCCUGUAUGCUUUCGGACACGGAUUAUCAUACACUACCUUCGAGUACUCUGACCUCAAGGUCACUUCGGCACCCAAGGACGGACUCAAAGCGAACGAUUGGAAAGUCGAAGUCAGUGUCAAAGUCAAGAACACUGGCAAGGUCAGCGGGAGUCAUUCGGUCCACUUUUACGUCUGCCCACCGGAUGAGACGGCUACGAGCUUGAAACAUCCUCAGUGGACCCUUCAGGCCUUUGAUAAGGUCUAUGACCUCAAGGCCGGUUCAGAGACCACCGUCAAGGUCACUUUGGACAAAUAUGCCGUCUCGCACUGGGAUGAAGUCUGGCAGACUUGGCGUGCCGAGCAGGGAGAAUGGACUGUUUGCGUUGGCAAAGACGCCUCGAUCAUGGAAGGUCAAGUCAAAUUCACCAUCAACCAUGAUCUCGAAUGGACCGGUCUCUAAGGUUAUGGGCAUGAUGGAUCCAAAGAUGGGGGUAAAAGGGUUGGUUAUCUUGUAUUGUGUGAUUGAGAGCUGUACAAUAUGAUGCAUUGACUAAUGCC